AUGCCAAUAACAGAUAUGAAAUGUAAAGUUACGAUCGAAAUCAUUCUUGGAAAUUAUUUACUUUAUGAUGGUGGACAAUGUGCAAGCUGUAAACAACCUAUUGGAACGCAUCGUAGUCAAAAUGAAGUCGUAAAAGAAAUUAAUAAAUCAAAUAAGAGUCAUGAAGAUGUUAACAUCGAAGCAAGAGACAAUGUGAAUUACAAAUAUGAUGAAUCAGGGCUCGAGAAAAAAAAUACGUCAAUUUCAUCAUACGAAAUCGUUGAUGAGCAGAAUGACGAUCCACCUUCUCUCUUAUCUGAUUCGAAUGAUUCUGAAAGUAUGAAGUCAUAUGAUUCAAAUGACUCUGAAAGUAUGAAUUCAUCUGCUUCUUCGGAAGCACAUUUUCAUCUUCAUUCAAACACAACACGUUCAGAUUCACAGCAAACGGCUAACAAUAACAAAGUUAUACAAACAAAAUUGGAAGAUCAAGCAACUAGAACAGUGUCCGAACGACGUAGCUUUCUCUGCAAAGAAUUCCUGAGAAAACAUUAUUGUUCUCAUAUGGGGUCUGGCAACUUCGAAGAAUUAUAUGUUCGUAUAUUUUCUAUGAUUAAUCAAGAUACGAAUCGUGUUCAUCAUCUAAUGAAACAUGCUCGCCAUUCAUGUCUUGGUCUCGUACAAAUAACAAUGAACGAUGAUCAAUUGAUGGAUUUAUUUAAAUUUUUAAAUCGUUAUCUACCACCAAUAUUUAAAGAAAAUAUAUAG